UUACUUAUUCGCUAAAUUUUAUUUCUACAUUAAUAAUAUAUUUAUUAUAAUUUACAAUUUGACGACUGUCUAAGGUAGAAUACAACAGCUAAAAUAUUAUUUUGACAUAAUGUGUCAUACUAUAUUUACUACUUAUUACUAUUAAAGAUUUAUGGUUACAAGUUACUUUAUAUUACUUUAUUACUAUUCAGUUAAAUUAAAUUUUCCAGUUCUCCAAGACUAUCCAGGCAUAAACUAUAUAGAAAGUGCUGUUACGAAAACACUUUGGACCUUCGGCUUUAUUAUAUUAUGACAAAUAUGGAUGAAUUCACCGAAUUAAAACUUAAAGAAUGGGGAUUUGAAGAAUUUGUUGAACGUUUUAAAGAAGAAGAAAUUGAUUCAGUAGCUUUCCUUACUUUAACUGAGCCUCAACUGGUUGCUAAGUUAUUUCCAAAAUUAGGUCAACAAUCAAAAUGUCUUCAUCUUCUGAGGCAAUUUAAAGAGAAACAUAACAAUGAAAAGACAUUUAGGUACCCAGGUAAAUCAAAAAACUUUAUUGAAAACCCAUCAUCUCAAAAAAGAAAACAAUAUGGUUAUCGUUUUGACAGCGACACAGAUCUAGAUAGUGGCGAUGAAAUUGCAGAUUCGAGCUAGAUAGGACUAAUUAUUUUUUUUUUAGCUUCUGCGUUGUAAAUGUCUAAAUUUAUUUAGGAAAUAAAAUAAAUUAUGAUACAAAAUAAAAUAUUAACAAUAAAAACUGUUAGAUUAUCCUUAAUAUUGUUGUUAUUUAUUAAUUAAUUUUAUAGUUAAAAUAUAGGUUCAAGUUACGAUUUUCUAUAUACAAAAAGUAAAUGUUUGGCUGUAUGUAUCGUAUGCUUUUUUAAACGGCUGGACCAAUUUUGAUGAGUGAUGACAUUUGUUGUGUAUGUUUGAGCAGUGGCGCCGACUUGUUUUUCAUUUGGUGGGGCAAAGUAUAAAAAUUAGUUACCACCACCACCCACCACCCACAUGAUUAUUUUGUAAAUUCAACUAUCCCAAAGUAAUCACUGGAGCGAACCACCCCAUAAAAAAUACGCGUUCGGCGCCACUGUAGUUUGAGUGGUUCCCUGGAUGAAUUAAAAUUACACUGGGACCCGGUAUGUCCAACCCCGGAGAGUUUCUCAAACUGGGAUUUUGAGAUUUAUGAAGGAAAUUUUUUUUUUAUAAAUGCUUUCUAUUGAUAUAGGAGAAAUAAUUAGUAGAAAAAAGCAUUUUUUUUUAUUUAUAGGUUGCCAUUUGUUAAUCGAGCAGAUCAGGUACAAGCAUGCUUGCAUGCAUCAAAUCGAACCUUCGCACAUUGCUAACCAAGCUAGUUGAGUUGCACUUAUAGCCGCUCAUCGGCGUGUCUGCAAUGCACCGCAUGUGGAUUGCCUACUUAAUUUGCUGUCGCACAUUGUCCGCGAUCUGACGUAGCUGUAUUGCACACCAGAGUGGCUGAGUUGCACUUACUGCAGCGAUUUACACCCAAAAGGAGAUGAACAAUCACAAUUGAUAAACGAAAUCUAUUUACAAAAUAUUUAUUUUAACAUUUUGGUAGGUAACAAUAUUAGUUUGAGUGGCUCAGCGCUGCGCAGUGGCUGAAACUAAUCACGUUACGUGAUUGAGAGUAAGCAACAGCUAGUUCUCGGAUGGGUGACCACCCAGGUUAGUAGUGUGAAAAAACCUCGCCAUACAUACACGUGUUCCUAAUCAACCAUACCAACAGUUCCAACCAAACCAUACCAAAACCAUCAACCUUACGGGCUAAUGACCUCAAUCGUCGAAGCCUUACAUUUAUAUAAAAAAUUCUUAAAAAAAAUUAUUAUUUUGCUUACGUGGCAUUUGUUGGAUUUCAUUUUAAAUAGUAAACACAUUAUUUACUCAGGCGUUAAAAAUAAAUAAAUAAUACGUUCAUCGACAAUUAAUGUAGAAUAUUGUUAUUCACAUGUAUGAUAAAUAAAUAAACUAUUAUUUUACGGUAAACAGUACUUUUUGUGAGCUAAUGAAGUGCAGAUAGAUCAUAAAAAAAAUCGAGAAAUAAUAUUUUAUAUAAUUCAUCGUUCAACGCUUACAUAAAUUUUAUUAUUUUCUUAUAUUAAUACAAAAUGAUAUUUUUUAAAUCACCCAGGGUAGCAGUAUGCAAAAACUUCGUCACACAUACACGUGUUCCUAACCAACCGUACCAAUAGUUCCAACCUUAUGGGUUAAUGACCUCAAUCGUCAAAGUCUUAAACGUAUAUAAAAAAUGUUAAAAAAAAAAUAUUAUUUUGCUUACGUGGCAUGCAUUUAAUUUCAUUUUAAAUGGUAAAC